AUGCGCCGAGGUAAGGCUACCCAAGGAGGACUACUCAGAGAACUACCCAGGGACUACCCAGGAGACUACUCAAGAGGCUACCCACAACGGCUUGAAGAUGGGAGAUUGCUAGAGACUGCAGAAGGGUUAGAGGUUAAAGAUGAGAUAAAUUGUAAUACCACUCGUUUUUUGUCUGUAAGAAGUUCUGAGACAAGAGUCCCAAUUUUAGGGAAACAAGUCUGGAUUAUCCUGCAGCGCACACUAAACACUGUCAGAAAGGAACCUACACAGAUUGUUACUGCACUGAGAAUUGUUGAGCGUGAGGAAAUGACUGAUCAGUCGGCUUUGCAGCGCCAGAAGGGAUCAGGGUUCUUGCCUCCCAGGCGCCCAAAGAAGUGGCGGGAGAAGGCAUUUGCAGUCUUAGAGAGUUCUGCAGCUCAGCGUAUUGAGGGAGGACAGUUUGAGGACAGAGAGACAAGUAAAAAUUGGUUGAUUAAGCAUCUGGAGGU